GCCACUCUCAGCAUGAGCACCUUGGCCUUGUAUCGCGGCAUCUACACCCAAGAGAGCUUCCAACAAGUCUAUGGGGUGCCCCUGGAGCCGGAGAGCAGCCUAGCAGGGAUGGUGAAGGGCAGGCUGAGCCGCUGCUGCCGCUGCUCCAGAUCGACAGUUUUGCACUUAUUUAGAAACAGGCUGCCUAUUGCAAACUGGCUGCCCAAGUACCAGCCGAAGAAAUGGCUUUUGGGGGACCUGGUGGCGGGGUUAACCGUGGGCGUUGUACACAUCCCUCAAGGAAUGGCCUUUGCUCUGCUCACUUCAGUGGCUCCAAUCUAUGGGCUGUACACUUCAUUCUUCCCAGCCUUGUUGUAUAUGCUUUUUGGGACAGGGCGUCAUGUGUCUACAGGCACAUUUGCUGUGGUCAGUCUGAUGACAGGCUCCGUGGUGGAGCGCUUGGUUCCCAUCCCUCAGCAGUCCAAUGGCACAGGUGCUGCUGAAGUCACCUUGUUAGAGAGACAACGCAUUGAGGUAGCUGCCGCCAUGGCCUUUUUCAUGGGGCUCCUCAUGGUCAUGAUGUUUCUGCUUCACUUGGGCUUCCUUUCCACCUACCUCUCGGAGCCAGUGGUCAAGGCCUUUACUAGUGCCGCUGCCUUGCACGUGGUGGUUUCUCAGCUACAGAGCCUCCUGGGCAUAUCCUUACCACGUCCCAACGGCUACUUUGCCAUUUUCAAGACACUGGCAUCUGUUGUGGAAGCAUUGCCCUUAACCAAUAUGGCAGAACUGCUUAUCUCUGGGCUCUGCUUAGCUGUGCUGGUACCGAUCAAAGAAAUCAACCACCGCUACCGUAGCCGGAUGUGGGUCCCCAUCCCAGGAGAAAUAAUCAUGGUACUGCUGGCCACGGGAAUCUGUUUUGCUUCCUCUCUGAAUACCCACUAUAAUGUACAGAUCGUUGGACACCUCCCAGCAGGGUUCCCACAGCCCCAGCUCCCAGCUCUGCAUCUGCUGCCCCAAGUGUUGGGUGACACGGUGGCCCUCGCUUUCGUGGCCUACGCCAUCUCAGUGUCCCUGGCCAUGAUCUACGCUGAGAAGUACCACUAUGUCAUUGAUCCCAACCAGGAACUUCUGGCUCAUGGUGUUUCAAACCUAGUCUCUUCUUUGUUCACCUGUUUCCCCAGUUCAGCCACUCUGGCUACAACUAACAUUUUGGAGAGUACUGGUGGACACACACAGCUUUCUGGACUCUUCACCAGUGCCGUUGUCCUGAUUGUGUUAAUAUGGAUUGGACCGCUCUUUCAUUAUUUACCAAAGGCUGUCCUAGCUUGUAUCAAUGUCACCAGCCUUCGACAGAUGUUUCUGCAGUUCCGGGACUUACCUGAGCUGUGGCGGAUCAGCCAUGUGGACUUUGCUGUGUGGAUGGUCACGUGGCUUUCCGUGGUUAUGCUCAGUGUGGACUUUGGCCUGGCAGUGGGGGUUGUCUUCUCCAUGAUGACCGUUGUAUGCCGCACACAGAGGGCUGAAUGCUCUGUGCUGGGCAGAGCAGCCGAUACAGAAAUCUACAAGCCUGUGAAGUACAAUAGCAAGUGCUUUGAGAUCCCAGGUGUGAAGAUCUUAAGUUACCAGGCCCCCAUCUAUUAUGGGAACCGCGUUUUUUUUAAAGAUAUUGUCAGCAAGCUUGUGGGGUUACAGCAAGACUGGGAACAUCCUGAGGAGUCACAGUUUAACAGCAGGAUCAAAAUGGACAUCACUACAGUGGACAGCAGUGUUUGUGUCUUGGAAAAGAAGCUUAGCUCAGAUGUACAGGCUGUGAUUUUUGACUGCAGUGGAAUAUCCUUUGUGGAUUCAUCCGGCGCCCGGCUCCUUAUCCAGGUGUGUGUGGAAUGUCAAAAAGCCGGCAUACAGAUACAUUUGUCUGCCUGUAAUGCCAACGUCCUACAGACCCUGAGUUUUUGUGGCCUCAUGCAUCAUCUCACCCCUCAGCAGAUUUUUGUCACUGUUCAUGACGCUGUUUCCUACCUCCAGCAAGCCACGGAAAACGUGGAACAGAAGGAUCCCACCAUCUGGGUAUAACUUUUCUUCCUGCCAAGGUUAAAAGACAAUGAGAUCUACCAGGACAAAGCCAUCUGAGACCACAGAGAUUUGGGAAAGGGCAGCAGGCUGCCAACGAGACCACGUUUCUCCUGCUACUGGAAGGCUGGCUUGUCAGGAAUGGACUGUCAAGGAAAGAGCAGACUGGCAAGAAGAGCUAGGCUCUUAGAUUUAGCAGUUCUUCCCCCUGCUACAACUUCCGUGGCCUGCAGAGUCCACAUCUGAAGUGUCAGGAUUACUUCGUGCACUCACCUGUCCUGGUUCCUUUCUUCUUGAACCGUUACCAGAAAAUUAUUAGAACACAGCAGCUAAACAAAAUUGUAUUUUUAAAAAACAACCCUUUAUUACUUUCCUGGGGGGAAAAAAAAUUGAAGUCACUGCAGAAUAAGCCAUGGAAGCCAAAAGGAAAAGAGCCUAGGAAAGAAUGCUCAAUGGGGAUUACAGAAAAGUUUGAUUGCCAGAAAUAAAAUGAAGUCCAAUUUUGUCAAAGUACCGUAUUUUUCGGAGUAUAAGACGGACCUUUUUACCCCCAAAAAGAGGGUGAAAAUCUGGGUGUGUCUUAUAGUCCAAAUGUAGCCCCGCCCAGCCUCUGAAACGGAGGUUUCAGAGGCUGAAAAAAAAGCAAGGCACAGAGCUCACAACCAAAGAAUCUGUUGCUAAAAUUCACCUCUGGGAACAGCUGAUUGGGGGUAUUCCGGGAGGCCGAUCCACCCCCAAUCAGCUUUUUUCUUAUUUUCCUCCCCAAAAACUAAGGUGCGUUUUAUAUUCCGGUGCGUCUUAUAGUCUGAAAAAUACAGUACUCUUUUAUAUUGGGGCAUCUCCUUUUUCCUUUUCUUUGCCAGAGAGAUCCUCUCAGACCAGAAUUGCUGGUGGAACCGGUAGGACCAAAGGGUAUAGAUGCAUUAACAGCCUUUGAUUCACUAGAGAGGUUCAGCCAACAUGCUAAACAUGGUUAAUGAAUUGAUUCACAUUUUGGAUUCAGUAUAUACCUGCCCUAGGACCCAAGCUAUAUUCCUCAGCUUGCGUUUCUCUUUAGUGGGUGGGUAUACAGUAUUUGCAGAUAACCCACAGGUUAUUGUGAUCACUCAGAACUGAGACACCACUCCUUGGAUUAGGUUAUUGAUUAGUGUUUGCAACUGGAGAUCUCCAUCUUACUCAAAAGGGACAGGACCCAUUUUACACCUUCAGCAGCAUCAACUACUAUAGCUAAGGUUUUCUUGGACUGCACCAGCUCAGAGUUGCAUGCUGAUUAUGCAUCCAUCCCUGAACAGUAAAUAUGUAAAUAAGCAAAACAAGCUUUUGAACUUUUAUCAAAAUUAGCAUUUCAGGCGGGGGAGCAACCAUUUCAUUAUCACAUGGAAUUUGUUUCCUACUUACUUUGGGUGUGUGUGGGUGUGUGUGUAAAAAUGCAAUGUCCUUUUUAAAAAGCAUUUUAAGUGUAUUUAAUUUAUUACUGCAUUGUUCUGGUGGUGUGAGGAGGAUUUAAUUCCAAUUAAAAUCGUACUUAAAGUCUUA